UAAUAACCGUCAAGCUUACGGCCUGUUCAACACACUCUGUAUAUCUCCUGUUCAGAGGAGACUUUGCAAGCCACAACCUGGCCAUAUCCUAGAUCGACUGCACAAUUUCCGCAGAUUCUGCAUUAUGGCGACCAUAGGAGGAGACGUGACGCUCUUCGAAGAGACUUUCACCGUGACCAAUUACGAUCAAUCGAAAUAUGAUCGUGUGGCGCGCAUCUCCGCGACAUCGGCCGAUAAUCAAACCAUUAUGACCCUUGAUAUCAACAUUGAGCUCUUCCAGUGCGCCGUAUCGGACAAUCUGCACGUGGUGCUUGUGACUUCGCUUGCACACGAUGGGAGCAAGGAUGACGAGAAAGGUUGGCGUGACAUUUCCAAAGGCCGCAGUGCCGGGAGUGAAGCGACACUGGCCGAUAUGUUCGACUACGUAUGCCAUGGCAAGAUCUACAAAUUUGAGGAUGCGGACGAUGGGCAGAUCAUCAAGGCAUAUAUCUCGUUCGGCGGCCUUCUGAUGUCUCUCGAAGGCCCAUACAAGAAACUGACCCCUCUGCGAGUCGACUACACGUACUUGCUCGUCAAGAAAUGAACCGAGAGUUUAGAAACAUCAA